UUAAACAUGCUAUGACGCACGUCAGUAUGUCGAUGGCACGAGGGAGUAACGUCAGUUUGUGUAUAUUGUGUGAAUUCUGAAUUAAUGCGAUUUUCUCCCUCAUAUUAUAUAAAUGAUGUGAUUUUCGCUCGAACAAGAGAGAGAGAGAGAGAGAACUUCGAACUGUUUUAACGUGGGAAUUAUUUAUAAGAAUUAUUUAUAGGAAUUAAAGUGCCGCCAAUGUUGUACAGGACAAGAUAUUGCCUCUCAAGCAAAUCCACAAUUUGUUGGGUAAAGAUUCAAUUAGAGAACACUUAUCGCAGAAGCAUGUCAGUUUUAAUGCAUCCUACAACUGACUCCGAAGUGAAUACCGACGUAAACGCUAUGCAGGGAACUAAGAGACCCAUAGAGAUAGACAAUGGCAGCGAGAACGAAGUCAAGCUGCAAAAGACAGAGGUGGAGAAAGUACAGAGAAUCAAGAGGAAAAAUCACGCCAUGUUGCUUGGCUACGUUGGCAAGGACUACUACGGCAUGCAAAGAAAUCCUCAAAUGAAAACUAUCGAGGAAGAUCUGAUUACUGCCUUGCUGAAGGCGGACUUGAUAACUGCGGCGCACUUUGAGAAUAUACGUGACAUCAAUUUUCAAAGGGCUGCACGUACCGAUAAAGGAGUAUCGGCAAUUAGGCAGAUUGUCUCGCUGAAGCUAC